AUGAUCGUUGAUCUCUGCGACGGCUUGCCCGUCCACUUCUCCCCGGACUCCACUGGCGACGACACAACACGAAAUUGCACGACGCAAUCAAUAGGAAACAUCGGGGACUACCCAGACCUGGACGCAUUCUCCAAUACGGCUACGGCUUUUCAACUUGCUGAAACAUCCCAACCGCCUCCGCCGUCCGACUUCCCUUCCGCCAUUUGCACGGCUUCUCAAACCUAUCCGCCUCCGUAUACCCACUCGGCGGCUUCGACCUGUGGCAUGUGGCCGACCCCGCCCUCUACGGCUGGCGAGGAUUUUGAGGACUACACCUACAACGCAUCACCCACAAGUGCGUCUUGUGGUGCCCACCUUGCAACGAGUUCUGCCAGAUCGUCUGUCGCAAGCCCCAGCAGUUGGUCUUCACCAGAACCGCAGCAUUUGGCCUUCCAGCAGGUGGUCUGGCCAGGCCAGGAGCCGCUCUCUCCGUUCUCUGUUCACAUUCAUUCAAAUCCAACUGAGGGACAUCCCCGUCCGCAGAUGAUGUCACACCCCUACCCAAACCAGGCAUACUUGGCGGGAAGCAUGAAUUCGGAUGUCCUCAUGACAACAGACACAAGAGGCACGACCCCCGACCAUGUUGGCUUCGUACCAUCAGAUGGCAGUUCUUCCCCAGUACCCAAGGUGGAAUACGGCGAAGACUAUCUGCCUGACGGAGAGAAAACGGUCUCACAGACUGGGCAAGCAACUGCUGCGCCGAAUGGAAAGGGGUCCAGCAAGAUGGACGAGCCGUAUGCACAGCUGAUUUACAAGGCUUUGAUGAGCAACGGAGAUCACUCGAUGACGCUACAGGAGAUCUACCAAUGGUUUCGAGACAACACGGACAAGACCACGCCGGACAAAGAAAAUAAAGGGUGGCAAAAUAGCAUACGGCACAAUCUCAGCAUGAACGGGGCUUUUGUCAAGAGAGAAAAAAAGCCUUCACCUACAACCCCGUUGACAGACACUGGCGAGCCAAAGAAGUCGAACGAAUGGGUACUUACUGACGAGGCCAUAACUGAAGGCGUGGAAAGCACAACUCGGUACCGCAAGAAUACAACGCGCAGGGGAGGGUCUGGCUCUUAUUCACGGUCGAAUCACAACAACCCUCUAUCAGCACGAGCUUCCUCAGGGCGAAAGGGUGGCAUCACAGCCAGCAAGACAAGAUCCGCCAAUAACCGUGCGGCAGCACGCAGACAGCAGUACGGGGAGUUGAUGGCUUCACACUUGCCAAGCAGCAGCCUCGUGCAGGACCACGAUUACUACAGCCGGCAUGCUAGCAUCGGGAUGCCUGACCCGCAGGGAGGAGGCCCGGGUGGCGGCCAGGGGUACUACUUCGGCCCUGGGCAACCUCAGCAUCAGCUUCUUCAUCAACCCAACCCACACUCACAGCUUGACCCGAACGCUUACAGCCUAGAGGAUGUAACCGGCGUCUAUGAGGCCCCACUGGCUCCUCAAGCGUCCAGUGACCCCUCACAGCUGUCGUCACACCUCCCCCAAAGCUUCAGCAACCUCUUCAUUGACGACAUUGGCCAGACUGCCGCAACAUCAUCUGCUCAUCUCCAUUACAACUGGGCGGACGGCAGCCAGUUUCAGCAAUAG